AUGUCGAGUCGCCUUGCGUCGCAGCGCCCCAUGCCCAUUCCCGGGAUGGGGGCGCCUGAUAUGGAACCCAAUGUAUCUCACUCACCGAUCGAACUCCCUACGCCCCCCGACGAAGUCGCGUUGGGGGCUGACAGCACGCGCCGCCACGCGUCCGGCAAGGACUCGGCGGGCGUGUUCUAUCCCCUGUUUGCCCGUCGCAGCUCGUUUGAGAAGGGCAUGACCUCACCACUCGCCUCGCUGUACCGUACGCCGCAGUGGGACCACUCGGCGAGCUCUACCUUCCGGUACGCUGGAUUCCGCCCCUUUGGCGUGUCCUCUUUCCAGAUGUCGGCAGAGCGCCGCAGUGGCGAGCAGGAAGAGGCCGUCGAGGAUACCGACAUGUCGGUCGACGACGUCUUCUCCGCUGGCUCGCAGCGCGAUGACCGCCGCGUGCGGGUGGCGGACAUGGAGGCCGUCGAUCUCCAGGAGCCGAGCCCGGUGCUUGGCCCUCACUACCUGGACCACGAGGACAGCAUCCCUCCGCUGGAUGCGAGCUCGGCGGGCGGUCGCGCGCCGGUGCCGGUGCCGAGUGCAUCCGGCUCUCUCUCCUCACGCCGCUCGUCGUUCCGCAGCAUCGGCUCGCCAGCCGAGUCGGCGGGCCUCGCGAUGACGCCUGGCCCUAGCUCGCGCCGCGUGCCGUACUCGGUGCCGAGCCGCUCGCCCGGCCCAGUGGGCCCGCUGAGCCACGCGUAUGCGAUGAGCAUGACGCCCUCGAACGGCGCAAGCCGUGCGCGCGUGCCCCAGUGGGCGAGCUCGCGGAGUGCGCGCCGUACGCCCAGCCGCUCUGUUGCGCUGAGCACGUCGGCCCCGUCACAGCACGCCAUGUUUGCGUUUGACGACGACGAGACGGACGAGGAGUCUGGCUUGCCCGACGACGAUGCGACAGAAGACGAAGGCGAGCCAUACGAGCGGCGCCGCAGCUAUACGGUCCCCUCGCGCUCGCCCUCGCCACCAUACAGCUCCGAGUACGGGUAUGAAGACGAUGAGGCUGUGACCCGCGCUCGCAGCCGCAGCCGGCCCCGCGAAGAUGCACGCUACGCGUAUGCCGGCAUGCGUGCCGCGCCACACGGAUUCCCCUACGCGCGCAAUACACCGCUGGGACAGCCCACGCGCCCUGGGAUCCGUGCGCACACGCCAUACGCGACGUCGCUUCCCGCGCGCGUCGACCGCCACGCGCGUGGCCUUAGCACCUACGAGCCCGGGUGGCCCGUCGAGGACAGCAAGCAGCGCGCGCAGGUGCAGAUGGCCGCGGCUGCGCUGGACCGUCUGUCGAUGGCUGCAGACUCGGACGAAAAGCGUGCCGAGGCGUCGGAGCUGCCGCGGUCCAUUGACGAGAGCGACGAGGUGGCUGCGAUCCGCGACCGCCUCGGUGGUGCUGCGAACUGCUCGGCAUUCAUCUCCAAGUUGUGGCACUUGAUGAUUAAUCCCGACCUCUAUGGCAAGUACAUUCACUGGAACGAGGGCGGCGACACGAUCAUUCUGAGCAACGACCCUGAAGUAUCGGCUGAAUUUGCGUCCGAGAUCCUGCCCAAGCUUUUCAAGCACGGCAACAAUGCGAGUUUCGUGCGGCAGCUGAAUCUGUACGGUUUCCAGCGCGUCUCGUCCUCGCGCCUGCUCGAUGCGGCGGAGCUGCAGGCAAUUGCGGCCAAAGGCCUCGACCGCGGCGAGCGCACUCCGUUCGACAAGGCACCGACGUCGUAUAACACUGCCACGGAGCUGUACGGUGCCCAUUCGAGUUUUGCACACCCCCGUUUCCGGCGAGGGCAAGAGACGUGGCUCGCGAGCAUGAAGCCACGCUCCAGCAAGAAGCCCAAGCGGAUAGCCGAGGAAGGAAAGUGA